GGCCCGGGCUGGCGCCACCACGUCUAGACUUCAGACGUCGCUUGGGGUCAGCGGACCUUUUCCAGCUUUCCAGACUUCCAUGGAUGCUAACGUACCAUUUAAUAAGAUGUCAAGAAAUAGUUUGGAGGCGUCGCCUGGCAAAAUGGCAGAGCCCUUUAAUUUCGAGAAAAAUGAAAGCAAGCUCCCACUACCGGAUUCCUUAAGAAGCCCGGGGGGACACCCUCACCACCCCAAUUUCAGGUUGAAAAGCCCGGAGAGUGGAAAUAAAAAGAACAGCUUUCUGCUUGGUGAGCAAGCCAAACAGUACUUGGCUCGUCAGGAAGACCUCGCCGGAUCUUCAAGCCCCAAAGGCAUCAAUGGAGAAAUGGGGCCAGCCAAAGGAGACUGGGAGACCGGAAACUCCGUAUCGCCCUUGAAUGCUGGCAACACUUCGCCACCCCAGAACAUCAGUGCCAGGCCUAGCAAUGCUGUGCCUCCCACAAAGUCCAAAAGAGCCAGCAAGUUGAUUGAAAAGUCCUUGUCCUUGAACAACCCGGCGCUCUUCAACUCCUUAGGACCUCCUCUUCGGCCCACCACCUGCCAUCGCUGUGGCCUGUUUGGGUCACUGAGGUGCUCACAGUGCAAGCAAACAUACUACUGCUCCAUCGCCUGUCAGCGGAGAGACUGGUCGGCACACAGCAUCGUGUGCAAACCCGUGCAGCAAAAUGUCCACAAACCUGAAGACAAUAAUGUACCUUUUGAAGCAAAGAACAUGGAAAUGAAAACUGAGGAUGACAAUCCAUUGGGACUUACUAAAGAGAUAGCUCCUUGUGCUGAGAAAAUCAUGUUUUCGGAUUUGAGAAGUCUACAGCUCAGGAAAUCUAUGGAAAUCAAGGGCACAAUCACUGAAUUCAAAAACCCAAGUGACUUCUAUGUGCAGAUGUAUUCUUCCGAAAUCUUAGAAUACAUGAACAAACUUUCUGUGAGCUUGAAAGAGAUGUACGCCAGUCUGCUGGAGGAAGAUUACAUUCCUGUCAAGGGCGAAGUCUGUGUCGCCAAGUACACCGUCGACCAGACCUGGAACAGAGUAAUAAUCCAAGAUGUUGACAUGCUGCAGAAGAAGGCCCGAGUCCUCUACAUUGAUUAUGGGAAUGAGGAAGUCAUCCCAGUGAACAGAAUCCACCCACUCAGCCGACACAUCGACUUGUUUCCUCCUUGCGCUAUAAAGUGCUUUGUGGCCAGCGUUGUCCCAGCAGAUGGGACCUGGAGCAUCGAUUGCAUCAGGACCAUCCGAGGGCUGUUGAUGGAGCAGUACUGCUCUGUAAAGAUUGUGGACAUCCUGCAAGAGGACACGCUGGCCUUUGCCGUUGACUUGAAGCUGCUGAGCUCUGGAAAACCCUUAGACCGUGCACUUGUCGAGAUGGGAUAUGGCCUGCAACCCAUGCCGCAGGGUGCUGAUCAGAAUGAUUGUGAAGACGCCGGCAACGGGUCAGCUGAAGACCAAAUGGUGGUCGACCGGCACGACUUGAUCCCCAAAGUGUUGACUUUGAACGUUGGGGAAGAGUUUUGUGGUGUGGUGGCCCACAUUCAAACUCCGGAGGACUUCUUCUGUCAACAGCUGCAAAGUGGCCAUAAGCUUGCUGAACUUCAGGCAUCCCUUAGUGAGUACUGUGGCCGACUGUCUCCACGCGGUGAUUUUUUCCCAACCAUCGGUGACAUCUGUUGUGCUCAGUUCUCAGAGGAUGAUCAGUGGUACCGGGCCUCUGUUUUGGCUUAUGCUUCUGAAGACUCGGUGCUGGUUGGCUAUGUGGACUAUGGAAACUUUGAGAUCCUUAGUUUGACAAGACUGUGCCCCAUCACUCCAAAGUUGUUGGAACUACCAAUGCAAGCUAUAAAGUGUGUGCUGGCAGGAGUGAAGCCAUCCUUGGGAAUCUGGACUCCAGAAGCUACAUGCCUGAUGAAAAAAGUUGUGCAGAACAAAAUGAUCUCAGUGACGGUGGUGGACAAGCUGGAAAGCAGCUCUCUGGUGGAGCUGGUGGAUCGUUCUGUGACGCCCCAUGUCAGCGUUGCCAGGGUUCUGGUCGAGGCGGGCUUUGCCGUGGGAGGAAAGGACAUAGUGACCAGUCACACCAGCGACUUGAAGGAUGCCUGUGUGCCUUUGCGUGUAGAAGCAAAAGCGAGCCUGGCGGAGGAGUGGACGUGGGUUGAACUUGCUCUUGACCAAACAGUGGAAGUGGCGGUGUGUGUGAUCUAUAGUCCUGCCGAGUUUUACUGCCACGUGCUGCAGGACGACGCUUUAAAUAAACUCGAGGAGCUGAACAAGUCCCUCGCGGAAUACUGCCAGCAGAAGUUGCCUAAUGGCUUUAAGCCAGAAAUAGGACAGCCUUGCUGCGCCUUCUUUACAGGUGACGGCAACUGGUACCGCGCUCUGGUCAAGGACGUCCUGCCGAGCGGGCACGCCAAGGUGCACUUUGUGGAUUACGGCAACAUGGAAGAGGUGACUGCUCAUGAGCUCCAGAAGAUCCCUCCCCGGUUUCUGAAGCUCCCGUUUCAAGGGCUGCAGUGUUGGUUAGUAGAUACGCCCAAGAGUCAGCCCUGGACGGAAGACGCCACGGCCAGGUUCCAGGCGAGCGUCAUGGGGACAAAGCUGCACGCCAGAGUGGUGGAGAUCACGGACGAUGGAGUGGGCCUGGAGCUCACCGACCUGUCCACUUCUUACCCCAAAAUCAUCAGUGACGUUCUGGUGGGAGAUGAGGAGGUGUCCAUCUCUGCUUCCCCGGCUCGGGACAGGCCCAGGAGCAGGCCUGCCAGUCGGGGCGGCCCCCAGGGGGACGUCCACUCGCCUCAGGCCCCCCCUUCAGCCAAGCAGUGGAGGACGGUGGAGCUGCCAGUGAACAAGACCGUGCAAGCCCACGUCUUAGAGAUCAUAAGCCCGAACUUGUUUUAUGCCAUUCCAAAUGAGGUGCCAGAAGACCAGGAAAAGCUCUGUGCUUUGGCAGCGGAAUUGCUGGAAUACGGUAAUGCUCAGAGAAGCCCGCCGGACUACCUCCCACGAAUUGGAGAUGCCUGCUGCUCCCAGUACACAGGUGAUGAUCUCUGGUACCGUGCCAUUGUUCUGGGGACAUCAGAUGCUCGUGUGAAAGUGCUCUACGCGGACUAUGGAAACGUGGAAACUCUGCCCCUUUCAAGAGUGAAGCCUGCCUCUGCCAGCCACCUGACACUUCCUUUCCAAGUUAUUAAGUGCUCGUUGGAAGGACUGAUGGAAUUAAACGGAAGCUGCUCUCAGUUAAUAAUAGAGCUGCUGAAGACCUUCAUGUUGAAUCAGAACGUCAUGAUAUCUGUCAGAGGGGUCACUCAGAAUGUCCACACGGUGUCCGUCGAGAAGUGCUCCGAGAACGGGCCUGCCAACCUAGCCGACAAGCUGGUGUGCGGUCUGACGACGAACACCCCCAAGAAGCAAAAUGCUUUCCACACAGAGAAGACAACGGGCAGGGCAGAUUGCUGCUGUGAGCUGCUGCAGAAACAGGUUGAGAAACAUGAACAGAUUCUUCGCUUUCUCUUGAACAACCCCACCAGUCAAAAUAAAUUCAUCGAAAUGAAAAAACUGUUAAGUUAGUAAAGGCAGUCUCUCGAAGAUGCACACUGUGAGAAAGGAAGUGGCAAGGCCUGGGAGUGGAAGAGCUGCACCUCUUGUUUCUGUUGGUUGGGCCUUUGUCUGCUCAUGAACUCCCUCCCUGCCACCCACCCCCUCCUUGCCUCUAACACUUGUUUCGUUGGGGCUUGUUGUUUCCGCAAGUUCCUCUUCCAGAGCACAUAGGUCUCCCAUACAAGACUGUCGCACGUCUGUGGACGGGAUGACGCGGGCCUUUCCGUGUGUGUCUCCACCUGGCCUUUUCUGACUCGGGCAAGCCCGGCUCCAGGUGGACGACCACCGGACAGAUCCAGUUGCUGUUGAGUUAACUCUGACUCAUGACAACCCUGUGCGUACGCACGGCUGUUUUCUAGACCUUCCCUGUGUGUUCAAAAUGCGUCCUGACAGGUGUGCUUUUGCAUGCUGUCUGUCCUCCCCUGCCUCGCCACGCCACGUCACGGGGUUCCGUGGUGUGUGGCUUCCCGCAGGGUCAGGUCAGCCCCUCGGUCCCUGCCCGUUCCAGAGUGGCCAGUCCCUUUCUCUCCACCCCGGUGGGGGAUGGGUUUGGGUCUGGCCUUGAGGCCCUGGGCAUGCUCUCCACUACGGCCCUGGACCGCUCUGGCCACGGAAGAACUGGCCCCUUCCUCUUCCCAAACUGCAGCCACGUCACAGGAAGAACAUCAUUUGUGAUGCAGAUUUUUUUUAAAUUAGAGAAUUUACUGUUGUCUGAAGCAUAAAUACAGUUAUCAAUUUAUGUUACAAACCUCAAUUAGAGUACAUGUUGUUUCCCUGGAUGCACAUAAAAGCAAUCUGAAAUCCUCUAAAGCUCACAUGUGCAGAAUUCUGGGCAAUGGACUUUUCCUGCCAGCCUGAGUUUCCCUCUGAAGUAAGAGAAUGCUCGUGACGAGCGUGUGACCGUUGAAGAAGGUGGUGUCACCGGCUCUCAGCAGUUAGGCGGAGGGAUUGCUUGCUUUUCCCAGCACGCUGUGCUGCCUAAUGUGCAAGGUUAGACAGAAUGCUUCUACUUCUGUAAAAAGUUGUCAGACAGCGAUGCGCUUGAGUAAAGGUUGAUGCUGCUCUGUCCAAUAAAGUCCUUUUUCUUUUGCA